AUGCGGAGAGCAGCCCAAAAUAAUAAUAAAAAAAAAACAGCUUUAGAUGCAGCUCAACACAACGAAAAACCAAAUGUCCUUCAAGAAACCUCAACUAAUUCAAGUUGCACACCAUGUUUUGAUCAUUUGAAAUGGGAUCGAAAGAGGAAAGGAUUCAAAUGUAAAACAAAAGGUGGAAGGAAGAAGGAAACUAACCAUAGUAAGUGUUAUACGUCAUUUGAGAAAUUUAAUAAGAAAGAUAGGUGUGGAUCUACACUGUUGCAUGGUAUCCAACGUUUGAUCGAGGUGGGUGGUGCCAUGGGACAUGAUGUUAGAGGUUGUCAAAAACUACUUAAAAUGAUGUUUAGAGAAGCGGGGGAGACUGAAAUAGAACGUGAAAAAGCUGCACGUUUGGAACUAGAAAAAACACCCCGUCUUCAAGUUCCGACUUCCAUAACCAACACCAAAUCUAUCCCCGAGAAUGGGUUGACUCGUAGACUUUCAAGUGCUAGUAGUUUAAGUAGCAUGGAGGAGAGUUUGUUUCUACAAGCAUCUUUGGACUCAUCUUAUACUUUCUCUGAAAGAAGUCCAAGGGAGCCUACUAAAACUCCUUUUUAUUUCAAGAGCAUGAGUACCCCAAAUGUUUUCCAUGCUGCUCUACGCCAAAAGGAGGGUGAACUCCAAUCUUACAUGUCUAGAUUGGUAUCCAUGGAAUCUAUUCGUGACUCUCUUAGUGAGGAAUUGGUUAAAAUGACCAAGGAGUGUGAAAAACUAAGGUCAGAAGUGGCUCUGCUUCCUAGCAUUAAGGCCGAGCUAGAAGCGCUAAGAAUCAGGCACUCUGCUGCACUAGAGUUAAUGGGCGAACGAGAUGAAGAGCUUGAAGAACUUCGUGCUGAUAUUGUGGAUGUGAAGGAAAUGUACAGAGAACAAGUUAACAUGCUUGUAAAUAAGAUACAGAAGGUUGAAUCAAAUCCUUUUGCCUAA